AUGAGCGAUUCACCCCCCUUCAACUCUCAAGAGACCUAUCACAAGAUCAUAAGCGAUGGCGCUGAUGUAGCUCCCACGAUCGAUGCAAAGAUCGAAAAGGGAUUCUUCAUGUCUGGUGACGGCGUCUGGACAUGUUAUCGGAGAAAUUACUUCUCUGUCAAUGUUUCUUUUGGAUUGAACCCAUGGACGCCAAACGCAAGGCUCUUCUUGGAUCAAGGAAAUGGUAAACCGCAUGAGCAAAUCCAGUCCAUGGCUGUAUCGCUUGCGGCGGCCGUAGAUGGCACGGCCGGCAAGACCAUUGAGCUGAUACAACAUACACCCAAACGUGACAAGGGGCCACAACUUCCAAUGAAGAAGGAGUUGCUUGCGCCGAAUCCUCCUGGCAAGAAUCACGACCACAGUUCAUAUGGUUUGAGUAACUUCCAUCAACCCCCAAGCGCUCCAGGACCCCAGCUCCCGCUUCAGACCGAAAACGACUCCUCACAACAGUACUCGCCAGCAAGUCAUACAAGCAGCAACUCCCUCCACGCAUUUGAACGCAUACAGUUCAAGUCGGCCACGGCGAACAAUGGCAAGCGUAGGGCUCAACAGCAAUACUACCAUUUGAUCGUCGAACUCUGGGCGAAUGUCCAGAACCCGAGGGACACCGAGCCGCGCUGGGUCAAAGUUGCUGCUAAGCUGUCACAUCCCGUCGUCGUUCGCGGAAGGUCACCGAGCCACUACCAAAACGAAGGCCCUCACAAUGCUACAACAAGGGGCCCCGGAAGCUCAGGCUUCGGGGGCUCUGGCCAAAACGGCAUGAGUGGGCGGGGCAGUGUGUCAUAUGGCUACGGCAAUGGCAACGGCCUUUCUGGGGGAAGUGGCACAGCAAUGGGCGGAAGCAUGUAUCGCGGGAACACCUACUCGCUGGACCCAAGCCCCGCAGGCAGUCAUUCAGUCAGCUCUGCAAGUUCCAUGAGCGGGGGGCCCGUGGAAGGGCUUGUUGGCGACCAGCACAUGACCGACGAGGAUGACGCCAAGAUGAUGAAUGCUCCCCACGAUUACCAGUACUAUCCAUCUGCGCUGUACGAUGGCAUACCUACCAAGGCCGAAGGCACUCUUCCUCUUCCUGAAAGGAGAUCAGUCAAAGAGGAGUAUCCCGGCCACGCCACCGCGUACACAGGCAUGCAAGUUGGUGGCUGUGGAAGAUUCACCGGCAUGGAGAGUAGCCGCGGCUACUAUCCAGAUGUCCACGCUCACACUGGGUACUGA